CGUUCGUAAACAACUCGUAGCCAAGAGACUCAGAGUAGCGUGGUCUUCGAAAAUGGAGGAAGCGGAGCAGUUUCAAAAUAAAGUCCUCUCAACAAUACAUGUAUCGGAAAGAGAAACCAAUCCUGUUAUUGACAGCGAAAUAACGAAGGAAUUGGAAACAUAUGUCUCAAGAUUUUUUUUCUCCUUGCCGUUUCUUGGGGCUUCUCAGGGAACAGUUAGAGAAAUUAAUUCAAGCGGAGGCGAUGGCGAUGCUGGAGAUUUUGAUACACCCACAACAAUUGUAAAGUCUACAGACAGGAUAGUGGAUGAUAACUUGGAUACCAAAAGUAAAGAGAGAUCUCUAUGUUCACCAAUAAGAGUUAAAUUAAACUGCUCUGAUGACCAGUCCGGUGAUUGCAAAAUUAAAAGAAGGAAAGAUAAAGAACAGAAGGAGGUUCUCACUAUAGAACACAAGAUGGCCACCUCUUUACAAGGUGUAGGAUUUCAGGUGUGGAGUGGGGCCUUGCUGUUAUGUGACUACUUGCUACUCCAUCAAACUGAGGUUUGUGGUUCUCAUGUUUUGGAUUUGGGUUCAGGGCCUGGGCUGACUGCAAUCAUUGCCGCUCUUUUUGCAGACACAGUCAUCUGUACAGAUUACUCAUCAGAGAUUGUACACCUAGCUCAGCGCAACUGGGAACGAAACUGUGACUUACUUCCAGCUUUGGGGAGCCAGAAUAUGAUCUUCAAGGUGUUGGACUGGAACAAUGAUAGUCCUUUUGACCCAGAUCCCAGCUGCUCUACAGAUCAUUACAAUAUCAAAGAGGAUGAUGCUGUUCUCCUCCAGAACAUCAACUUGAUCCUUGCAGCUGAGGUUGUGUAUGACGAUGACAUCACUGACGCUUUCUUCAAGACAAUCUAUUACCUGCUUGUUGAGCCACCAUCAAAGCAUGUACUCGUAUCUCUAGAAAGACGCGUCCUCUACAGCACAAGAAGCCAUGAGGUGUGCAGCCCUGCGUAUGAACACUUCCGGGAGAACCUGGAUGACCUGACGUCUGUUGAUGAAGGUCCCGUCAGGUUUCUGGCACAGCAGCUGAGCACAGAUUUUCCUGCUUGUUUUGAUUAUGAUCGCUUCAAAGAGCUGGAGUUGUGGAAAAUUUCCAGCGUUUUUCCUUCCUGACGUCAAGUAGGCCUAUAGAAGAGGAAGAAAACUUCUGACCUGGGGUAUUUCGACAGUCUCAUCUAAGAGAUACAGAAAAUACUCUGGAACAGCUUCAAGCUCAGUGCUGUCUCUAUUCAAGUGAUGUGGUGGCCAAUGGUCCAAGGAAUUUUUACCCCUUUGUUGCCUUAUGACAUACCUUGUAUACUGGCGAUCUAAGGAAAGGUACAACGACUCCAUUUGUGUUGACCUCACUUAAGUUGGUCUUCUGUUAAGUUGAUCUUUUUCUCGGGUCUUCUUUACAUUUGUUAAAAUUCAAACAGGUAUGUUGAGUUCAAUCAUCUAUUGCAACUCGGUUAAUGCAUGGAUGCCAUCAGACAUUCUGAGAGACUUUUCUCACGUGAUUCGUUGAACAAGUACUCUUUUAAUAAGUUCUUCGAGCGCAGCUGAUCAUUUGAUUUAUCUUUAAUUCUGUAUGCCUACCUAGUGUUCUACAGCAUUCGUGCAUUUUUGGUCAUUGUAUUCAUAGGUCUAGCGAAACAUUACGGUCACCCAAACACCAGUGAGAAACCUCUCAAAAGAUGCGUUUCGAGUAACCAAUCAAAAGUCAUUUCAGUUACACACAUCCUUGACCUAUGUGUCAGUGGACAUUGGGUGGGUAUUUAACGCUCUCCAUCACACUCUUUGUUCAGCGUGAGGGGCAGUCUCACCAAAUAUCUGGCUGUCUAGACCGUUCUAUGCAAACUGUAUAGGGGGUAGCGAAAAUUUCUCUUUCAAGCUAUACCUGUCAGUGGUUAGUGUGUUUUGAGGAUUGAAUUUGAAGCAUGGGUUUAGAGGAAGUGAGCACGGUGGUUGGCGGGGCUCUGGUGUGGUUUGCUCCUUCUUUCCUAUCAGACAUCUAUCAUCCUGAUCGCUCCUACUUCUUUUCUGU